GGCGGGAUCAACGAAUAACUUCCGUGUUGUAUCGCUGUUACACACCGAUGGCUGGCAUGUUCUUUGGCAGUCUACUGUUCCGACAAGGAUAGCCCGAAUCGCAGGCCACGAGAGUCCAAAGUAACUUCUCUGGUAUUGCCUUCGCAGUGGACCAUCACUUCUCCGGGGCCAUUGACUGUAUUCAAGAUUAUAGUAUGUAUUAUAUCCCACACUUUGUGGAUGCCGAGAUCAUAUAACCCGACCUCCCAGAGAUAGAUACUCCGGGUCCGACGAUACCAGGGGUGGCAUUUAGCAUCAGCAUGCCUUGUUUUUUAAAAGCCCGCGGUGCCCACUGGGACUUGCUAUGCUGGCAUCUGCACCUGUAGUGGGGGCGGUCUUCCUACCAACGCUGCAUGUUAUUCUUCCUUGGAGUUCAUCUUCUCACAUCUCCUCCUCCAAGAAUUGCCUCUAAGAAAUCCUGCAAUCAUGCCCCGGAUACUCUGCCUCCACGGCAAAGGCACCAGUGGUGCAAUCUUCAAGUCUCAAACGUCUGCGCUGCGCGCUCGAUUAUCUGACCUACAAAUCGACUUUGAAUUUGUCGAUGGGUUUUACUCCUCCGAUCCGGCUCCAGGGAUCGACCUCUUCUACCCACCCCCUUACUACUCCUUCUGGGAGCAAGACAAUAUCGAAGCCGUCUUCCACAGUCGCGACUGGCUCGUGAACUACCUAAGGAUCAAUGGCCCGUACGAUGCCCUCAUGAUGUUUUCGCAGGGAUGCGCUGUCGGAUCAUCCACCGCCCUUCUUCAUUUGCUCGAAGAGCCAAAUCAGCUCUUGCCCUUCAAAGCUGCCAUCUUUAUCUGUGCGGGAGUGCCACUACGCGUGUUGGAAAAGGUGGGGUAUAAGAUUGCCCCCGAGGUUUGGGACAAGGACAUUGUGACUCGAAAGGCACUGGCAGCGCAGGCGGACUCCUCGGCGAUCUUGUCGCAGGGCUCGAUGCGUUGGCAGGGGGAGAAGGGAAUUAGUGCGUCUGAAGCGGAUAUCCGGAAGGAAAUUGCGCCUUCAAAUGUCCAGAUCGACAUCCCGACGGUGCAUAUAUACGGUGAUAAGGACCCGCGAUGGUCAGCUGGCAUUCAGUUAUCCCAAGCGUGUAAUGCAACCAAGAGGAGAAUGUAUAAUCAUGGCGGAGGACACGAAGUCCCUCGUACGAACGAGGUGACUACCGGUAUGGCCGAGCUGGUGAGAUGGGCACUGCGUGAGGCCGCGGUGAUUGAUGAGUAA